UGUUUUGCAGAUGAAAUUCUCUCCGAUCACCGCCAUCUCAAUCUAUCCCCACCAUUCCUAUUCUAAACCCUAGUCCUUCUCCAUCGUCCGAUCUUCCCAAAUCCACAACCUUCCAUUUCUUGUACGACGACGGUGAAUUCGGGAAUCCCUUCGUUUUUGGCGUAAGUGUUCAUGAAGAAUCUUCAAACCCUAGAAAUGUGUUUUGAAUUCGUGCAGAAAAAAGUACAAACAAUCAAUAGAUAGUUUCUUGAUUCAACAUUCAACGGAUCUGCAGUAUCUCGAGUUUAUCGAAAACAAUACAGAAAAAGAUAAGAAACCAUCGUUGGAGAAGGCUAACAAUGAAAUAAAGGUUGAGGGUCUUGGGAAACCCCUCAAAGCCCUCAAGAAUAAUAAAAAGAAAUCUGAUUCAAGCAAUCCUAAUUUUGCAUCCGAACAUUCAAAAUCUAAUCUCGAGGCUGAAAAUGCUGCCUUGUCCUCAAGUGAAUCCCAGCAUGAAGCUGCGGUAGCUGAGAAUGAGCUCGCGCUGAAACAGAUGUUAUCUGAGGCAGCUUUUACCUGAUUGAAAGAAUCAGGAACUGGACUUCACUGCAAGUCUAUUCAAGAUUUGAUCGACUUAUCUCAGAAAUAUUACAUGGAUGUUGCUAUCCCAAAACUGGUAACUAUAUAAUUUUGUUAUAUUGGUUUGCUGCAAGGCUUUCUUGAUAACAUGACCGUCAUGAUUUUUAUGACUGUUAAUUAUGCAAUACAGGUAGCAGAUUUUGGCUCAUUGGAACUCUCUCCAGUUGAUGGCCGCACGCUAACUGAUUUUAUGCAUACUAGGGGUCUACGAAUGUGAUCUCUUGGGCACGUUGUCAGUGCUCUAAACUUUAUUUACUUGUCCUCUUUGUUGAUAAAUAGCGUUCCUUUUUCAUGCUUCUUCUACAGUCCACAGUCACAAAUGGCAUUCAUUAGUGUUUCAUUGACAACUCUAUAAUAGCAUUACUAACUCUGAAAAUAUGCCUUUAGGGAUUGUAAAUGUUGGUCACCCACAGUUCUUUCCAAACUAAAAUACUUUAUAUUUGCAUCAAAGUUUCUGUUUUUGCCCUUUUAUUGUCUGCCACACAUUUUUAGAAGGUCUUGAGCGGGAUUUUGUUUUAGUUUUAUGAUAAUGUACGUGAGCUUUUCCAUGUUGUAUGAUGUUUGCAUUUUGCUUAUCUUCACAGGUCAAGCUUUCUGAAAAACUUUCACAUGUGCAAUCACUUUGCAUUCAUGAGAUGAUAGUUCGAGCUUUCAAGCACAUCCCGAGGGCAGUGAUUUCUGCUGUUGUUGACAAGGAGAAAAUGGCUUCAUCAAUAGCUGGUGCAUUGAAUUUGCUGCUUGGUGUUCCUGAAAAUAGAGAAACGGAUAAAUCAUGUGAUGUCCACCCUCUUGUGUGGAAAUGGCUAGAGUUGUUUUUGAAGAAACGAUUUGACUGGGAUCUUAACAGGUUGAACUAUAAAGAUGUGAGGAAAUUUGCAAUUCUACGUGGCUUGUGUCACAAGGUGGGAAUUGAGCUUGUUCCAAGGGAUUUCGACAUGGAUUCUCCAUUUCCCUUCCAAAAAACUGAUAUUGUUAGCUUGGUCGCAGUUCACAAGCAAGCAGCAUGCUCAUCUGCAGAUGGAAGGCAGCUCUUGGAGUCCUCCAAAACAGCUUUAGACAAGGGAAAGCAUGAAGAUGCUGUUACCUAUGGGACAAAGGCUCUUGCGAAGCUUGUAGCAGUUUGUGGUCCCUACCAUCGGAUGACAGCAGGAGCAUACAGCCUCCUUGCUGUAGUUUUAUAUCAUACCGGAGACUUCAAUCAGGUUUUGUUUUUCUCUUAUAUGUUUUUCUACUCGUUGGAGGAAGGUCUGGGAAAUGUACACAUUGCUCUCAGAUAUCUUCACAAAGCAUUAAAGUGCAACCAAAAGUUACUUGGUGCAGAUCAUAUUCAGGUUUUAUGUUCAUUUUAUUUUCUGUUUUUGCCACAGUUUGAAGGAUUCUUGUUUAAUUGGAUUCUUGAUAAAUUGAAUUGACGGAGAUGCAUUAUGUAGUCCUAAAUUUGAUUAAUUGAAUUGACGGAGAAUGCCAUUGGAUAUUGUUGUAAAUAAAUAGUAAAUAUUCUAUUAUUAGGAGUAAUCUUCUAUUAGUAAUUUGUAUUUGACCCAUGAGCCAAUUAGGUUAGAAUAGCCUAUAUAAACACAUUAGUGAUUGUAAAUUAUUCAUAACUUGAAAUAUAAUAAUAUAUUCAGUUUUCACAUGGCAUCAGAGCUCUCGUUCUUUGAGGGCCUUGCUUCCGCAUAAACCCUAGCCGCCUUCAUUGCGGUCAUAAACCCUAACUGCCUUCAUUGCAGGAUUAGGAUUUGUUACUACUGCCUUUAUUGCAGUUUCAGCAAACAGUUGCGAAAUCACUGUUCACGUGGUACUGUUCAUCCACGACACUGUUCACGCGCGUGCUGUUCAUAGCAGUACUGUGCGUCACUGUUCAUUCAAAAAAAAAAAAAACUUGGAUUUUUUGCUAUUUUGUUCUCCUUAUUAAGACAAUCACAUGACAUCGGUCAAUAUGUCAAAAAAAGGAUUUGUUCCACUCAACCAAGAUGAAAUAAAGAGGUUGAAAUCUUUUCUUAGUGAAUUGGAGACACCAACAACGGUUACAACUUCUCUGGCAUAUUCAGGUAUGUUUCCGUUUCCACUUUCUCUUGGUAAGUCUCAAUUUUCUGUUGGAUUUAAUGCUUCGGAUAAACCCUAUAACCAAUAUUGGAUACUGGAUUCUGGAGCCACUGACCACAUGACACCCUUACCCACACAAUUUUCCACUUAUUCAC